AUGGAAAUCAAGGCAAAGGAUAAGGAAACUGGUCGCAAAUUAAAGUACACUUUACUAAGCUCUGAACUGAAUUACAAUAGGGAAUAUGUGGCUUACUUUGGCUUGGCUCCCGGGGAAACUCAAAGAAUAAUGAUAAAUUCUACAAAAUUGGCGAAAACCCUGUUUAUGGACAGUCGUAUUGAUAACGAGGAAACAAAACGAACCGUUUACAAAGUGGAAAACUUUUCCAUUUGUAGUUUUUUAAAUAAUCGUCAGAUUUCCAAGCUUUUUUCAUUUUUAUACCAAGAGUUUGUGGGCAACUCCACAGUUUUCAAGUGUCCUAUUCAGCCGGGAAUUUACUAUCUGAGAAACAGGAUUGGAACUCACAUGGUUCCAGCUUUUCAUCCCUCUGGAACAUUUUGUUUAACCGUCAGAAUGAAACGUGAACUGAAGAGACCCAUUACAAUAGAGCUCAUCUGGCGGUAUAAAGUUGUACGAACAUGA